AUGGCCUCGGUCGCGUCUGCUUCGCCUACAUCAAGGCCCAGCUUUCACCGCUCAGAAUCAGCCGAUGACUCGGACUCCUGGCAGUAUGUAGAGUCAAAUCCGUCAUCUGUUGGCUUCGUUCCCAGCCCAGCCAGCUCAAGUAUGAACAGCUGGGGGAUCGUGGGCUACGCAAACCAGCUCCGCGGCUCUCCCACUGCCAUGUCGCCGCUACACCUGGACCACGACCAGCACCAUGGACUACCUCCUCCACCGACUUCGUACCCGGACCAUACCAGCACCCCCAUGAUGCCGAGCACUGGUGUUGACGGCCAACUGAUGUCCCCCUUCCACGAGCAACGCCUCAUGAGCAGCCAGGAAAUGAUGUUCGGGGACCCGCUCAACCAUGCUGUUGAUAUGUCGUCCUAUUACUCUUCGUUCCCGGGCGACAUGGCGGACAUGAGCGGAUUAGAACCCCUUCACCUGGGAGACCUAGGCAUUCCGCAGCAGUACCGCAACGAUGGCGAUGUUCCUCCGUGGGCGCCUCACGCGGAAAACGAUGACAUGACGCCCAUCAUGAUGAACGACGUGAAUGGCCACAUGUCCCAGUCGCCCACACAGCUAUCGCCGACACAGAGCUCCCACUACUCGAGCCCUACAUCGCCUCAUGUCAAGCUGGAGCCGAGCAAGAGUGGCAGCCCCAUCAGGAAGGUCAGGGGUAGCGUUAAGGUCGAGAAGCGGAAAUCGGAGUCGCCAAGCAAGUUUGUGAUUAUGACGCCAAACCUCAUUAACCAGCAGUCGGGCAAGCCCAACCCCUUCGAGUGCUUCGAGGCCCUGCGGACAACACAGCGAGGGAGAAAGGGGCCGCUGGCAAAUGAAAUCAAAGAGAGUGCCUUGCAGGUCAGGAGGUUGGGAGCCUGUUUCUGUUGCCAUAGUCGCAAGGUCAAAUGCGACAAGGAGCGACCAUGCAAGAACUGCAAGAAGCUCACCGCACAGAUCCCACAAAUCAUGUGUUGGCAGUUCGGAGACUUCCUGCCGGCGUUGUUUCCCGACUUCAUCCGCGGUCACUUCAAGAAGGACCAGGUCGCCAGCUUCAUCGGCGAGAACGUCGAGAGCUUCGGCGUCGACGGCGUGGAGCAGGGCUUCCCGAUCGAGCUGUUCUCGGGCAUGCGGUUCAACUCAACGCUCACCAUCCCGGCGAGCUUCUUCACGCCCAAGACGGCCGAGAUCCUGCAGCACUGGCACAUGAACACGGGCGUCAACCAGAUGGACCUGCAGUCGAGAGGUGCCGCGCCCAUAGGCAUCGAUCCCAACAACUCGGGCCAGCGGGACGAGCUGAAGAGGAGGGCGCGGGAGUAUAUCCAGAACCUCACACACGAACCGCUUUACGCCGAGCAGGUCACCGACUCCGUCAGGUCAACACAAUUGCCGCGCAAGGUCCUGACGAUAGUGCAGAAUUACGCACAGCGUACCGAUUCGAUGAUGGUGAAGCGGGCACUAUCCAUCUACGUGAUGCACUACGUGCUCACGCGUCAGCUCUGCCUCACCCACAAUACCAUCAUCAGCCUGCAGCACACCAACAUGGUACCUCAGAACAACCCGUGGGUUACGACGCGCGUGCUCAACCGCCAGGUCAAGUCGAUGCUCGACGAGAUGCUGCUCAAGGAAAUGCAGGCGCUCUUCGACACCUUCUCCAAGUCGCUCAAGCCCAAGUCGAAGCGCGAGUGGGCGCCAUGCCUGGCCGCGUUCCUGGUCCUGUGCCUCUUCAUGGAGGCCGUCGAGACCGCCGCCGACACCUUUGUCGUGUCGCAGAACGAGAUCGCCAUCCGCAACCACUCGGCGCCCGAGUAUAGCCGCGACUUCGCGCUGGGCCUGUGCCGUGAGAUCGACAACAUGCCCUUCAAGCAGUUCGCGUACCAGUUCCACCAGAUCUACCAGACGCACUCGCGCGACGCCGCCACGCGCCCCUUCAACCCCCUACUGGACGACAGCUUUGCGCUGCAGGGCGAGCUGGAUGCGCCGGCCAUGGAGAUGGUGCACGGGCUGAAGCAGCUGAUGGAUGGCGACGGCUGUGAGUUAUCCUCGCCGCAGGUGACGCAGGCGCGGCACGAGCUGGAAUUCCUUGUCGCAGACCCGAUUCUGACGGCUCAGGAGACGCACCCGUACCCGCGGGAUGUGACUAUGGAUUACACCGGCCGUCUGCUGGCUCGGUUCCUACUCUCUUUUACCGAUGAGAGAUACCUCUUUGACGGGCAGUAUUAG